CCAUAUUGGAACGUCAGAAAAACACAUGAGGGUCUCUCUCUUCAGAUCCCAAACUACAAUUCGCGCCGUCUGUGUUUAUUUCUUAAUUUCUGUACCUUUCGACCUAUUUAAUCAUAUUGGGGAACACACAGAUCAAAGAUGAGUGACUUUUCGUCGCUCGGACUGUCCGACUGGCUUAUUAAACAGUGCAAACAGUUGGGAAUAAAUAAACCCACUACUGUACAGGAAAACUGCAUGCCAGCCAUCCUACAAGGUCGUGAUUGUUUGGGCUGUGCCAAAACCGGAAGUGGGAAGACAGCAGCUUUCGUGCUUCCGGUGUUGCAGAAACUAUCAGAGGACCCAUAUGGCAUCUUCUGUCUGGUGCUCACACCCACCAGGGAGUUGGCCUACCAGAUCGCUGAGCAGUUUCGAGUCCUGGGAAAGCCGCUCGGUCUGCGAGACUGCAUCAUCGUAGGCGGAAUGGAUAUGGUAAGUCAGGCCCUGGCGCUUUCCAACCAGCCUCACGUAGUCGUAGCGACGCCGGGCCGACUCGCCGAUCACAUCCGGAGCUCCAACACCUUCAGCUUGAAGAAGAUCCAGUUCUUGAUCUUGGAUGAGGCGGACAGACUGUUGGAGCAGGGCUGCACUGACUUCACCAAAGACCUGGAAGUCAUCCUAGGGGUGAUACCAGCCAAAAGACAGACUCUGCUGUUCAGCGCUACGCUCACAGACACGCUGCAGGAGCUGAAAAACAUCGCCAUGAACAGACCCUUCUUCUGGGAGAGUACAUCCGAAACUCGCACGGUGGAAGAGUUGGACCAGAGGUACAUUCUGACUCCAGAGAAGGUUAAAGAUGCUUACCUGGUCCACCUGAUCCAGACCUUCACAGACACACACGAUGACUGGUCCAUCAUCAUCUUCACCAACACAUGCAAGAGCUGUCAAAUCCUCACCAUGAUGCUUCGGCGAUUUAACUUUCCCACCAUCUCCCUCCACUCCAUGAUGAAACAGAAACAACGAUUUGCAAACCUCUCCAAAUUCAAGGCCAGCGUCUAUAAGAUCCUGAUCGCGACAGAUGUAGCUGCCAGGGGCUUGGAUAUUCCUACUGUUCAAGUCGUCAUCAAUCACAACACCCCCGGCCUGCCCAAAAUCUACAUCCACAGAGUGGGACGAACGGCGAGAGCAGGCAGGAAUGGGGUGUCCAUCACACUGGUGACACAGUACGACAUCCACCUGGUCCAAGCCAUCGAAGAGCAAAUUCAAACCAAGUUGAGUGAGUUCCCUGUGGAGGAGAAAGAAGUCCUGAAAAUCCUCACGCAGGUCAACUUGACCAAACGGGAGUGUGAAAUUAGACUGGAGUCUAGUGACUUUGAUGAGAAAAAGGAGAUCAAUAAGAGGAAAGAGCUGAUCUUGGAAGGAAAGGAUCCAGACAUGGAGGCAAAAAGGAAAGCGGAACUGGAGAAGAUCAAGACUCAGAAGAAGAAGUUCAAAGAGCAGAUACAGGAGAACAUUGACAGGCAGAAAAAAGGACAGCUCAAAAGGAAAAUGAAGAGUAAACACACAAAGAAGAAGGCAACAGUGUGA